CCUCACUGCGAAGAUGGCGGUCUCCAGAGUGUGCUGGGCUCGGGCUGCUUUGUGGGGUUCGGCGGGGCCCCCUGGACCUUAUGUCGCCCGGAGGCUGCAGUUUGUUCGCUCUGGCCUGGCCUGGGGGGCCCCUCGGUCUUCAAAGCUUCACCUUUCUCCAAAGGCAGAUGUGAAGAGCUUGAUCUCUUAUGUGGUGACCAAGACAAAAGUGAUUAAUGGGAAAUACCAUCGUUUCUUGGGUCGUCAUUUCCCCCGCUUCUAUGUCCUGUAUACAAUCUUCAUGAAAGGAUUGCAGAUGUUAUGGGCUGAUGCCAAAAAGGCUAGAAGAAUAAGGACAAAUAUGUGGAAGCACAAUAUAAAGUUUCAUCAACUUUCAUACCGGGAGAUGGAGCAUUUGAGACAGUUCCGUCGAGACGUCACCAAGUGUCUUUUCCUAGGUAUUCUUUCCAUUCCACCCUUUGCCAACUACCUGGUCUUCUUGCUAAUGUACCUGUUUCCUAGGCAACUGCUGAUCCAACAUUUCUGGACCCCAAAGCAACAAAUUGAUUUCUUAGAUAUCUAUCAUGCUCUCCGGAAGCAGUCCCACCCAGAAAUUCUUUGUUAUUUAGAAAAGGUUAUCCCUCUCAUUUCUGAUUCAGGACUCCGGUGGCAUAUGACAGAAUUGUGCACCAAGAUGCAGCGUGGUACCCACCCAGCAAUACAUGAUAUCCUGGCUCUGAGAGAGUGUUUCUCUAACCAUCCUCUGGGCAUGAACCAGCUCCAUGCUUUGCAGAUGAAAGCCUUGAGUCGAGCAAUGCUUCUCACACCUUAUCUGCCUCCUGUCUUGUUGAGAUACCGUUUAAAGACUCAUACCACUGUGAUUCACCAACUGGACAAGGCUUUGGCAAAGCUGGGGAUUGGUCAGCUGACUGCCCAGGAGGUGAAGUCGGCUUGUUAUCUUCGUGGCCUGAAUUCCACCCAUAUUGCUGAAGAGAGGUGUCGAACUUGGCUGGGAGAAUGGCUGCAGCUUUCCUGCAGCCUGAAAGAAGCUGAGCUGUCCCUCUUGCUACACAAUGUGGUCCUGCUUUCCAUCAACUACACUGGGACAAGGCGCUGAGCCGACAAGGAGCGGGUGGCAUUGUCCUGCAUGCAGUCACAUAGUCCAGCAGCGUGGGACCAAACAGCACUUGUCAGCAAAGAGUGUGUCCCCUGUUAGGCGUGUGCAAGGCAGAGGAGCAGGUGCCCGUGU